GUGACCAUCAGAAAACCAUUUUUCCCUGUGAAGGUGACUGGCACUGGUCAUCCCUGGUGCCCAGAAAGGUUGUGGUUGUGGUCUUUCCAUCCUUGGGGUGUCAUCCUGCACUACUGGCUCUGGUGUCCCUGCUUGAGCAGAGGGAUGGACCAGUGUCUGGAGGCAGAAGUCAGCCCUGAAAUGUGGUGGUUCCAGCAAGGCCUCUCGUUCCUGCCCGUGGCGCUGGUGGUGUGGUCAGCAGCAUCGUUUGUGUUUUCCUACAUCACUGCAAUUGUCCUGCACCACGUUGACCCUUUGGUGCCCUACAUCAGUGAUACAGGGACAAUACCACCUGAAAGAUGCUUAUUUGGGAUCAUGUUAAAUGUUUCAACCUUCUUGGGGAUGGCCACCAUGUACAUCCGGUACAAACAAGUGUCUGCCCUGAGCCCAGGAAAUCCCAGGAUCCUCAGGCUGAAUAAGCUGGGCCUCACGCUGGGAUGGAUGAGCUGCUUUGGACUCUGCAUUAUUGCCAAUUUCCAGAAAUGCAUCCUGUACUACAUCCACGUGCUGGGAGCCUGCCUGACCUUUGGGGUGGGCUCCGUUUACAUGCUGGUUCAGACCGUCCUGUCCUACCUGAUGCAGCCAGAACUUCACAGCAAAGACAUCUUCUGGGCCCGCCUGGCGGUGUUCCUGUGGAGCUGCUCCAGCAUCCUGAGCAUGUUUGUGUCCUCGGUUGUGCUGUACAGUGGCCUUUAUGGACAGAACCUGGUGCAGAAGCUGCACUGGAAGCCCCAGGAAAGAGGCUACACCCCCCACAUCAUCAGCACAGUCUCUGAGUGGUCGCUGGCAUUCUCCUUCCUCAGCUUUUUCCUCACCUACAUCCGUGACUUCCAGAAAAUCUCCCUGCAAGCCAUGGUCAGCCUGCAGGGCCAGACCCUGCACGAGAGCCCAGGGAGCUUCAGGGCAGAGGAGCAGGCAGUGCUCAUAGCAGGGAGCAUCUGAUAGAUGAAGAGAACUCAGGAAUUUAAUAGCAAUAACAGCUGUUAUUUCUAAACAUUUAUUUUAUAUUUUAAAAAGUAUGAAGUGAUUGUCUUGUACUUCAUAUCAAGGGCUUUGCUAUUAACCCACAGAAAUGCAAAUGUUACCGGUACUGUGAAUGAGUCUGUGACAUUUCUACAUUUUCCAAUGUCAUGAAGGAUUAAAUGAAGGUUAUUAAUGA